UGGAACAUGGCGGCCGGCCGCUGGGGCGGGCGGCGGCUUCUCGGCGCCGCGGCCGCUCUGCUGCUGCUGGUGCUGGCGGCUUCCGCCUCCUCCUCUUCCUCCUCUUCCUCCCGGGCGGGCAGCCCCGGCGGGCCGCGGAGCCGCGUGCAAGUGCUGGGAGGCUCCAACUGGAGCCUGUUGUUGGAGGGCCAGUGGAUGUUGGAGUUCUAUGCUCCUUGGUGUCCUGCUUGUCAACAAAUUGAAUUGACGUGGGAGAAUUUUGCAAAGGAAAGUGAAAAUCUAGAUAUCACUGUGGGAAAGGUGGAUGUCACUCAAGAACCAGGUUUGAGUGGUCGUUUCUUUGUCACAACACUUCCUACAAUUUACCAUGCAAACGAUGGAGUAUUUCGCAGAUACCGAGGCUCACGGACAUUGGAAGAUCUUCAAGGUUAUGUUUUAGAGAGAAAGUGGGAAGCUGUGGAGCCUGUAGCGGGAUGGAAGUCUCCAUCUUCUAUAAUGAUGCAUGGUAUGGCAGGGCUCUUUCACCUCUCUGGAUGGAUCAGGCAAAUUCAUAGCUACCUCACUGGCACUCUUGGAAUUCACGUUUGGCUUUCUUACGCAAUCUUCAUCCUAGCUACCUUAUUGAUUGGCCUGUUCCUGGGUUUGAUACUAGUUUUGAUUUCAGACUGCCUUUGCCCAUCCAAGUCAAGAUACAGAGCUGAAACAUCUGAAGAAACAAUUACAAAGGAUAAUGUGGAGAAUGCAGCAUUAGAAGAACCGGAGGAGGCUGCAGAGCUUUCUGCAGAUGAUGUGGAAGAGACUGCAGAUGUAAAAGAUCUCUCAGAUAGGGAAGACGCAGCAAAUUCCAGUGUGGAUGACUCAGAGGAGGAUUUACCACUUGGAAAAGAAUCAGGGGAAGAAGAAACGGAAGACUUAAGUGAACAACCUUUAGCUGAUUCAGAGACUGAAAGCUCAGUAAGACAGCGUAAAAGUCAGGUGGCUGAUAAUGGACUAUAGCUUUUUUCGGUGGUGUAUUUUGUACACUUGGACCAAAGAAGUAUCAGACCCUGGGUCUGAAGCUGAAGCUUACACUUGAUUUGUCGUAUGUGUUUACGCAAAACCUCUGUUUUGUUAACAAGCUUCCCUUUUAUUUUAAGCUAAUGCUCGAUUGCUUACUUCAUUUUAUAAGCACAUAUGCUGUGUGUUGUAUAACUUUAGCCACGACAAUCAAAAUAAGUGUAUCUUAUCUGUUUGAAGUCUUCGUAGAGAAAAAGAGUGUAACAGUCUUAGUUCACCAGCUGUAAAAUGGUCUUCUAUGGUUGUGUUCCUUUAAGUAUUGACUUAAACAAGAUCAGGACUUUUAACUCUUUACAAUAGCUUGACAGGACUGGCUUUUCUGUCUGAAUAGUUUUUGUUUCCCACUGCCACAGAAGCACCGGGUAAGUGAUGCAGUAGUGAAAGAAGGCACCUUACUAGUCUUCUAUUAAAAUGUUGUGUACAAUGGGUGUAUUUUUAUCACUUUCAACCGAAGCACCUUUCACUUUUAUUAAUGUUUGUUUUGAAAGUUUAGCAUACAGUACGCCUCCAGAUUUUUCAGUUUUUAGCAAUUUGGAGGCAUGCUGCACAGCUUAAGCUUGUCAGCUGAGUUUUUUGACCCAAGGAGUUUGACUAAUUGAAAACCUCAGGCUGAGAAAGAGUGGCAGCUAUAUGUUUAAAGUAUGUUUGAGCUUUUAAAAGGUUUAUAGGAAAUUAUUUUGGUCAGGGGGGAUUUUUGCCAAAGCAUGACUUUUUUUUUUUUUUUUUCUUUUUUUCCCCACUUUAGGAGAUCAUAGCAAGAAGUAUUCACUUUGCAGUCAGUAAGUUGUAUAAUUCUUGCCAAUACAAGCUUGUUGUACGCAGUGCAGUUCUGCCAUUUCCAACUCAGAAUACUUUUGGCACAACUCAGACUGCUUCAGUGAUAUUAACUGAAGGUGGCACUUAAGGUUUUACCUUUGAUCACUUCUGCUUUCUGUCACUGGAGUCAGCAUGUUAGGAAAAGAGGGUCAUGGGGGGGGGAGCGGGGAGAAGCUUUUGGUUUUGCUACUUACAUCACGAUAAAUGUGUGUCUGUUGAACUGUGUAAAGUGAAAAUGACUUGCCAGGUAGGCAGCAUUAGGUCUGGUUAGAAGACUUAAGUCAUUAAAGAUAUCAGUAUUUCCCUCCUUUGACUUGAUUAAUGUAUAAGGCUUAUUUUUUUGGUAAGGAAUACCUACAAUGAGAUCCUGUAUAUUCCUGUUUUGUUGAUGUGUGAUCAUGUGCAUAAGAUGUGUCUUAAUGUUGAUUUUUUUGUUGAUGUUUUUUAUAUAAAUGUUGCAUAAACUUUUCUAACAUCCAUGAAAUUCAUCUUGUUUUUCAAGAAUAAAGAGUAAUCAGAGAUUAAAUCAACUCUUAUUAGAAGAGACAAGUUGCAAGUACAAAAUGCUGGCUUCCUUUGAGACUGAGAUUAAUAGGCCCAGUUUGUGUUGAAUGUUGGUUUUGUUUUGUUUGUUUGUUUUUCUUUUUGUGUGUGGGGUUUUUUUUUUGUUUUUUUUAAGUGCUCAUAAAGAGCAUAUUUACUAAGAAAGCUUAGCUUUUUCUGUCUGUGUCCUGUUCUAUAUGGUGUCUUGGAACUAUAUGAUAGAAACUUUGCAUUUGUCUGUUACAGCUGUGUAAAGAACAAAAUUACACUGCAUAUAUUGAAUAUGAAUUAUUUUUUUUUGAGGAAAGUUCUCAGUCAAGAGCUUGAAUUUCAUAUAGUGGACACAUGUAAAUAUGCUUCCACGUAUGUGAAAAAAUGCAGUUGAUAUAUAUAUAUAUAUAUACAUUGCACUAUAAUGAGAACUGUUUGUCUUGUGUUAUUUGGACGUUGUCCCAUGUAACUGAGCAUUUGUAGAAGCUUACAGACAGCAGAACUCAGUAGCCGUUGAGGUACAUAGGUGGUUUUUUUUGUUUGUUUGUUUGGUUGGUUUUUUUGUUUGUUUGUUGUUUUUUUUUUUUUUUUUUUUAACUCAAACUAAGCUUUUAUUUGAAAAAAAUAAGUAAACUUUUUGGCUGCUGUAGUCUGGAGGGAAGUACUGUGCACCUAAAAGCUCAGAAUACAGAUUUGUUGUUUCCAUCAUGUAUUUGCUUUUUCAUUAUCAGUGCAUCAGGAGCUUGUGAAAGUCUAAAAGAAAAACAAGACUUUAACCAUAUUCAUGAGAUGAGGAGUUGGUGUGUAUAUUCAGUUACAUGAACUUGCAUAAGAUAACAAUAGACAUAUCCCCUCAGUCAUGGAUCCAGAACUACCAGACGCUGAAAAAUGUGGGACUGUGUCCAGCACAGAUUGAGGACAAUGAUGACUUUGGUUGUGUACAAAGAGGUUAUUUUAUACUGCGUGUGGGGUCUUGUGAUGCUCAGUGUGUAGGAAAGAACAUGCCAGUAUUAAAUUUUGAUUCAGUUUCUCUUCACAUUUGUAAUAUCAUGGAUCCAGUCAUCUAAUAUCCUCUUCAGCUGUUUAAAGAGGCUUUAAAGAUACAGAACAUCCUUAUAUCUCACAGUGGCUUUGUUGUAUACUGUUGGGAAUAUGAAGUGUUAAAAAGUCGAGUGUACUUCUUUUCAGUGCUCAAGAUGAAGUAUGUGGGCUUUUUGAAUGCUUAGACAAAUGAGGUGUUCUCACAAGAGCUGGAUUUCAGUACGAUGUGUUUGAAGUUAAAAACCAAACAAAACUACAAACCACACUUUGUCCUACAAGAUCUGUGGUUUAUGAGAUGGUCAGAAGCUCCUUUGUGUGGUGAUUCUCUGAAGUCUCUGCUUACGUUUCUUCUGGUUUUGUAUGUCACUGUUAAGUCUGGAUUAUUUAAAAUUAAGAUACUAAAUAUUUUCCAUCGUAAUAGACCUAACUGUAAGAUCACUGUCUGAGGAGCAGGGAUUAAGUAAGCAGGCAGAAAGUGGCAUCAGCUCAUCUCUUCAUAGAUCUGUCAUGUGAAUCUGGAAAUGAGCUAUACCAGUCUUCUAAGGUUUCUUGAAGAUAACACACGAGAAAUGGCACAUAUAUUUUCACUAAUAAAGCAGGGAAUAUAAAUGCUAACUUGGGUUUGACUAUAUUUGACAUGUAUUGGAAUACCUUAUUACAAAGAGCACUAAAUUCUGAUUAAGAGUUUAGAAAAACCUGCAAUGCAACCACCGAUAUCUACUUAGUUUUACAUUUGUAGGAAAAAUACUGUAGCGUGGUACUGGAGAUACUCAACUUUGAGUAAUGUUUAUGCAACAAACAACAAGUAGCAAACACUGUAUAGGCUAAAUUUGUGUUUAACAGAAAGAUCAUUUAGCUAUGCAGUGGAACUGUGAUGUUAAUAUACUUUCCAGAAUCAAGGUGUUUUCCACUAAAACACAGUCAUCGAAUCAUACCAGUAUAGUACUAAUUAGACUAUUACAAUGGUAUUAAAUUUAGUGUGUUUCCAAAAAAAAAAAGUCAUUACCCAACCUUUUGUGCCAUCUGAGUGUUCUGUUAUCUCGGUUCUGUUGUGAUUAAUUUUAAAAAAUGGAACUUGUUCUUGCAACCUCAGUAUAGAAAAAAUGUCCUUGGAGAAGCUGCUGCUAACACUGUUCAAAAUGUUUUGAUUAAGGAUAGGGCUGUCAGGCUUGUAAACUAGAGCUGUAUGUCAAAAGUGACUUAAGAUUUUUUUUUUUUUUUGAGAACCAAUUUAAAUUUCAAAUGGGAUACAUGCCACUCUGAAAACCAGUCCCUGAUGGAUCUGAAUGUGAAUGCUUAAAAGCAAGUCAUUCAAAAAAUCCAGCGGGUUACUUUUUAAAGAGACUAGAAAUACAAACAGUCUUUGAAAACUCCUGUCCUUGAGCUUUCUGUGAAACUUGUAUGCGUGUCUUGGAAUACUCUGUAUAUGCUGCACCUGUGCUGGGCAGGACUUGUUUUGUGGGCUUUCUUCAUGGAAAUGUCACACGGGAUUGUCUUUUAUAUGAAAGUGUUGCAAAUUUAUAGUAUGGGUAUUUUUACUGAAAUUCCAUAUAAAUUUUGUAUUUAUGAUCA